GGCUGGCGGCUGCUGCUCUGUUCUCUUCCGGACAACCAGAAUGGCGGAUCCGGCGGGCACGGUGCCCCCCAGCUCACUUCUAGGGCCUCCCCCACCCGGUACCGACGGCUGCCAGCGCUUGCUAUUUUCACACGACUUGGUGGUUGGCACGUACCGAGGUCAGACCCGCUUCGGCCUCGUGCGGCUCAUCCACGGAGAGGACUCAGACUCUGAAGAGGAUGAGGAGGUUGUGGAGGAAGAGGAGGCUAGUCGUAAGAAGACAGGAAGCGGGGCAGGUGGAGUGGGAGAUCGGGGAAGCCCUGGCUCUGAGCCCGCCAGGGAGGCCAGCAGGUUCGGUCCGCUCAGGAGGGGAUAUGUGCGAGUGCAGUGGUACCCGGAGGGCGUCAAGCAAGACGUCAGGGAAACUAAGUUAAAGCUGGAAGACCGGUCACUUGUGCCCAGAGAUGUUGUACGGCGAAUGAGCACAAAGGAUAGUCAGUGUGGCACUGUGAUUGAUGUGAAUAUAGACUGUGUGGUUAAACUAGUGGGAACCAAUUGCUUCUUGCACCCAGUCAACAGCAAAGAUUUGCAGCACAUUUGGGUAAGUGGGGAAAAUGGUGACCCCUGUAUUAUAGAACUGUUGUUUCAGGGGAUACAUCUAUAA